AUGUCACCUACACAGAGCAUUUACCAAGCCCUGACAGAGAAAAGGGAUGAAGUUUCCUGCAUGCCACCAUAUGGGACGAGGGAUGUGAUGGAGCCGGCAGGGGCGAGGCUGGGCGGCCGCGGCAGAGGGCGAAGCCGGCAGGAGGUGAGGCUGGGCGGCCGCGGCAGGGCGAGAAGCCGGCAGGGGCUGGUGGGCGGCCGCGGCCGGGGGGCCGGGCACCAGGGGGGCUCCCCGGCCCGGGGCCCCGCAGCGGGGCGGAUGGCUGCGGGCAGCAUCACCACCCUGCCCGCGCUGCCCGACGACGGGGGCAGCGGCACCUUCCCCCCGGGGCACUUCAAGGACCCCAAGCGGCUGUACUGCAAAAACGGGGGCUUCUUCCUGAGGAUCAACCCGGACGGCAGAGUGGACGGAGUCCGGGAGAAGAGCGACCCGCACAUCAAAUUGCAACUUCAGGCAGAAGAAAGAGGAGUGGUGUCAAUCAAAGGCGUAUGUGCAAAUCGUUUUCUGGCUAUGAAGGAAGAUGGCAGAUUAUUGGCAUUGAAAUGUGUAACUGAAGAAUGUUUCUUUUUUGAGCGCUUGGAAUCAAACAACUACAACACUUACCGGUCACGGAAAUAUUCUGAUUGGUAUGUGGCAUUGAAAAGAACUGGACAGUACAAACUUGGACCAAAAACUGGACCAGGGCAGAAAGCUAUCCUUUUUCUUCCAAUGUCUGCCAAGAGCUGA